GCUGCGUUACCGAGAGCUGAUGGAGCCAGAUGAGAAAGGCAGGAGGCGAGCCCCUCCGGUUGCGCGUCAGCUUCCCUCAAAUAGGAAUCCGCUGCUGUCACUCCUGCCCCACAUACUGAGCGACGGCCGCCUGUAACCCUGAAACAACAGUCUUAAGCGAAUUUCACUGGGCAUGCAGCUGUUUUUGCAUGUAAUGCCAAAGAAGAAGAGUAAGGGGAGGCUGUGAGGAGGCUGGAGCCUGGCAAAGAAUGAUAGUGAGGAUCAAAGCGCGCUGUCCCAGGAGAACUCAUCUGAAGAGCUGGCCGCGAGAGACCGGGAUGCUCCUCUAACGCACCAGGAGGCGAGUUUUCCUGAGCAGACGGAGUUUGAGCUCGAGUGGAAGUGAGUGAGUAAGCAAGAGGGAGUAGGUGUCAUGGAUGAUGAAGAGACAAAUGCCGUGGACCCGACCUACCAAAACUUGCUGCUUCUUGGAGCCAUCGCAGCAGCAUCUGCUUUUGUGGUCACCAUCCUUAUUGUCCUUGUCUGUGUUGGUUGCCAAAGAAAAAGCAAGAGCAAGCACCCCCCAGCCGGAGAGAAAGGGACAUCUGUAAAUAUGCAGGGUACCCUUCGACACCCAAAACUGAACUCCAUGAGCAAAUCUGACACCCGACUGCAUGAGAUCAAUCGCUUUCCCUGCAAUGGAAACUCUGUUAGCAAGAGCCGUCCAGCCAGUAUGGACCUUCUGCUCCUCCACAGCCGGCGCUCACAGACGGACCUGAGGCCCUCCCAUGGGCGCCAGCUUCCACAGAUCCCCACCAGUCCCCAGGGAUCUGGCCAUGGGGGAGGAGGGGAGACAGGAGGGGAUGGGGUAGGAGGUGCAGGAGGAGGGGGGGGAGGGGGAGGAGGAGGAGGAGGAGGAGGAGGGGAGGCUAGAGACCACACCUACACCGAGGUGGGCAUACGGAACAACCCCACCCCAACCCACUGCCUGGAUGACGGCCUUUAUGAAAGCGUAGGUGUCCGGGAAGGUGACGCAGGCCCCAAGGUACCCUCGGCCCCGCCCCCAACAUCAAACAACACUCCGGCUACAGUCAGAGCUGCUCAAAGUCCCCCAGCUCCAGCCAACGGAGUUCGCAAUGGGAACGGGCAUGUGAAUGGUGGCAGAGGGAACGGCAGAGGAAAUGGCGCCAUUAACGGGCCGAUGACAGGAAGAGGUAAUGGUGCGAGUGGAAUCAACAGGUCCCCUCUCUCUUCUGUCAACUCACUGGCCAUUCAAGAUCCAACUGCAGCUGAGUAUGCUUCCAUACGGAAGUUCAAAAAGGUCGACAAGACCAACAGGAAGGAAAAUAACGGGGGCGACAGCCAGUCAGACAGUCAAUCGAGUGUGAGUGAUUCACCCUCUACAGCUCCUCUUCCACUACAUCGCAGUCAGGAGUUUCUGCGCAAAGGACUGGAGCCGUUUCACCUGCACUCCUUCCCAAAGGAGGCAGUGUUCAUGGGUAACGGUGAGCAGUACAUCUGGAAGCCUCCAGAGGAAGAUGACAUCAUCACUUUGCACCCACCUCCACUCCGUGCAGAGAGCAUACAAGGACACCCAUCGCCCCCAACUGCAAAGGAGAUUGCAGACACCUACUCCAUUGUGUGUAAAACCCAGAAGAAGAAACCUCCCAUGGAAAACAACGGAUCAAAGACCCUCCCACGCUCCUUUGGUGGAGGUUCCCGGGGCAGAGGCCGAGGAGUUCAGGUCCAAGCACGUUCCCAGGAGGAGCCCGGCUAUGAGCCGAUAGGAGACCGGUCCUGGCCCACAUGUGCAAUGACCGAGUCUGACCCUGCGUACGCUACAAUCGACACCCACCGGAAACGGGAGCAAGCGGCAACCAAUAACAGCACAGCUGGGGGUUCUGCCACUCUGAAGAGAAAGAAGCAGACACCGCAGCAGCCUGCAGCACCAUCGGCACCUCAGAGCUCAGGACCCACCGCCCUGCCUACUAGAGGACUGCCUGGUGGAGAAAACUUCUAUGAGACCAUCAGUGAUGUGAAACAAGGGGGCAACAGCUCCAGCACCACUACCAUCUUUACCUUCAAUGAUGGGAUGGAGAUGUACGUCACUGGCCUGUAGCUGGCUGACAGGCGGAAAGGGCCCAGAACCCACUGGUACAGAGUCAUGAAAGGGACCCUCCUGUUCACCGGCCAACAGGUUGCUGUACAUACAGUAGAUACAAGGCCCUCUCGAGACAAACAACAUGAGGAUCCAUUUUGUGAUGACAUCAGGUAUAAACAGGGUCUUAAUCCAGGUUCAGACUUCCCUUGAUUGGUCUGUACUUCAGAACCAGCCUAAGCCUAGUCCAGCCCCAAUAUGGACCAAAUAUGUUUUAACAAAAAAAGAAAGAAAAGAAAACUAGAAUAUAUGUCUUCAACCUACUGUGUCAGUGACCAUACUCAACUGUUUGUGCAUCAUUUUCCAUAAUAUUUUAUUUUUAUAUGAACACUGUACUUUUGAAAGAGUAUGUGGUGUAACUCACAUCCUGAGAAGAACACACUUUAAUAUACAUUUAAAAAAAAGAUUUGCAUGCAUUGUGCAAACACACACAUGAGAAUAGACAGAAGUAGCAAGGUAUAUUGUAUGUAUAUUGGGAGUAUGAGGCACACUGUUAGCUGUCUCACACACACACACACACACACACACAAACACACUUAUGGGAGACUUAUGUAAUAUAAGCAGAUGGAUGUCACAGAGAUUUGCAGUGCUUAGCUCUCCCUCAGCAAACAUCUGAAACCGGUUCUCUGUGUGGCCUGUUGCCUGGCAGACAGCAUUGUGGUGCUUUGUUCAAACAUAGGCCUAACUUUUAUAGACCUGCUUAAACACAGAGUUAGGUGAAGGCUAUAGUCCCCAUUUUACAAAUUACUAUCAUCAAUGUGCCCUAAAUGUAUUAGCAGUUUUCUAUCAACGUACAGCCCUCAUAACUAUAAAAAAAGUGAGUUUUGCCUAAUAAUGUAACUUUCAAUCCACGCUCCACUUUGAAAAACAUCCGUAGCCUGAGGCAACAGAGGCAAACCCCCCCUACACAGAUACACACAUACUUGGCAGAGCCACGCGGGGUAAAGCGAUCAGGUCAAGGUCAGUUUAGUGGGUUGUGCAAGAAUUCCCCAGCUUAAUAUGGGUGAGACAUUUCACAAUGCAAAACCUUAACUGUAUUACUGGGAAAAAUGAGAGAAGAAUAUUUUU